AUGAGUACGUCUUCCUUGGGCGAUCAAGCGGUCCUGCUAAAUGAAGUGUGGGAAGUAGAAGCGAAAGGCCGCGCAAAGAUUAUGGAAGCAAAAGAUCGUCGCAUGGAAAGGAUCCGAGAAGCACAUCGUCUUGCACAAGUAGAGAUCGAAUCCUUCAGAGAGGAAAAAGAAGCAGCAUUCAAAAUGAAAUGCCAAUCAUUCGAGAAGGAAGAUGAUAAGCGCAAGAAGGCACUAAUACGCGAAGUGGAGAGAGAGCUGGAUUACACGGAAGCGAGAGUUCAGCUUUGCAAAUCAUUGGUCAGUUAUCUGAUUCGAUUUGAGGGAUGA